UAGCUCCCCUGCACACUCCUCUAUAAUAAGCCUAUGAUCCAACCAGGACAAGUUUGUUCCAGCCAAAUAGCAGAGUUUGGGCUUCAAGGCAGGUCACAUUAGUUUCGUCUAUCCUCAAUAUAGGGAAGCAACAGUCUCUCCAUCAACUGCUGUUUCGCUGCUGAAGACUGCUCAGAUGAUCAUGCCUGUUCCUCCUAAUGAUGCGUCAAGAGAGAAACAGCGGCAGGCUGUGGAGAUGUGCUUACAAGCCAAGGGAGAGUGUCUUGACCUGGGAAAGAAGAUCAGUGUUCCACAGGAUGUGAUGAUAGAGGAGCUGAACCUGCUGUCAAAUAGGGGUUCCAGAAUGUUCCAGGAGAGACAAAGGAGAGUGCAGAAGUUCACGCUGGAGCGUGUCGGAAACCAACCCUGCAACCAUUUACAGCUGAACAAGAUACAGUGUAGGCAGACCCCUGAUGGACUGCCAGGGAAAGCUGACCACAGCUCAGAGGACUACAGUGGUAUGCCCUCCAGGACCAGCCUGGUGACCACACUCAAACACAGCGUGGCCAAGAAAGGAAACCCAAGUGUUCUAGCACCAGGUUAUUCAGGACCCCUGAAAGAGGUUCCUGCUGAGAAGUUCAAUAUUACAGUCAUCCCCAAGUCCUACUACUCACCCUGGGAAGAGCCACGUGCCAGCCAGGCAGUGCUGGCUGCCAUUAGUGCCCACCUGCCAAAAGCUGCCCCCAAAACAUCUCCUGCCAACUACAGAUGUUUCAACAGAGCUCCCGCGCCGUUUGGAGGCACGGCCGGAAGCAUGAGGACCCUGCCUCUGCCUGGUUUUGAGCUCCUGCAGACGCGCACAGAGCCCAAGCUCACCUGGGAGAGAAUGUGCCACCGACCCAACUUCAAUCGCAUGCCUAGAGGCUGGAGAGUUCAGUGCCCCACCCAGUCCACGGACCUGUGAGGCUGGGACAAGUGGAGAGCCGCAUUUCAGUCCUCGGAUGUCCCGGGGGUGACUAUUAGCGAGUGUCAGUGGAGGGUACCAUUGCGUGGACCGAGGUUCUGAAGAAUUUAUCAGUAUGCUUGGAAUGGCAUCACAUCAAUUGCAAGCUGAGCCAACAGGCACCGAGUAGUGCCUUCAAAUUAAAGUUUACAUGCUUAUUCUAGUCAACUUGACAAUUAUAUCAUUUACAGAGCUGUCAUGUUUAGACUUCUGGACACAAUUUAAUAGAAUAAAGGACAAUACAGAGUAAUUUUGUAAACAGUGCUUCAUAUUUAAUAGUUUUAUGCUGUCCAUUUCAAGGCAUAAUGGAAUGGUGUUAAUAAUUCAUAUGAUUGUUGAUGUCUGAAUUGAGAACAGUGGCUUACAGACUUAAAAGCGUGGUCAACAUCAGCCCCGUGUGGUAACUAUUGGUCACUGCAACCAAUUAUUUUCGUUUUUCAAACAGAGUAAAAGGCUUGAUACAAAUAUUUAAAUAAAAAAGACAUACUUUC